AUCAGCAACUCCUGGAUGGCCCCUGCGCUGCGGUUAACCUCAAAGCUAUCGCCAGCCGUGGCAGAAAUUCAGCAUCAGCUGGCGCCUCUCCCUUAUCAUAUGUAUUGUGCCACCCACACAGCUUCGCGCUGCACUGCUGCGCCGACGGCUGCACUUGGCUCGUGUGCGUGCGUGUGUAGAGUUGGGGAAUAGGUACCUAUAUAUAUGUCGGCUGCUCGAUCCAUCGUCGCCAAUCGUCAUAAUACCUAUAUGAUACGAGCGAAACUACCACCACUACUUGUAUUUACCACCUCCACCUGGAACUAGUAUAGCUUACAUAUCCGCAGACUCGAGAGCAGUGGUUUUUUUACAUUUUCUCAAGAGCGCAGAAGAAGCAUCGCUACGAGCGAAAGCAUCGCGCGACUCGCGAUCCGUGCUGCAGGCAGGUGCCACGAGCGAGUCAGUGCAUCGUAUGUAGCAGCAGCAGUGCCAGGCAUCAGUAUACCAACAGAUUUCGUGGACGCUGCAGCUAAAAAACCAGUGAUAUCGUGUCCAAUCAUGCUGUAGUGCGGUGAUGGCCACGAUGGUCAGUCACCUCCUGACGUGCAAUUGUGCCUGCUGCUGCAGUGUAAAAACCUAGAAUACAUGCAGCUGCCCGAGCUCCAUUAGUUAUGUUGUUGUUGUCGUUCGCGUUACUGCGCUAGCUCACAGUGGCGAAGAAAAAAGCACAAGAUCGCGCGUUACGCGGUGCUAAACAAGUGUGUCGCUCAGCACGGAGUGCCAGUGCACGCGCCUAUCUAUCUAUCUAUACGUAUGAUUUUCUAUCCGCAGAAUAGAAAUUUAUUAAUGCCUGCCUGCUAGGAAUUGCAGUGUUCUGCAGUGCGAAUUGUUGUCUAUAGCUCAUCGUAUUAUACGCUGCCUGAAUGCUGCUGCUAAUAUAGGCUCGGAUAAUAGGUAUGUCUGCUGGAGAGGUCCGCCUUUGGAGAGAUGAAAGGAAGGGCGCGGAUGAUCGAGCACGUCGAUCGCUACUCCCGGCGAUGACACAUAUUUGACUCGAGUUCACUCGUCGGUGCGCGCACCUUUGACGAUGCUCUCGCGCCAGCUUAAUUCGCCUUCCAGCAAGUGCCCCUGCGCCUAUUGAAACCAGCUCGCAUGAAUUCAUUCGUCCGCGAGUUUCGUUCUUAUCGUGUAAAACUUGACGCGGCUGUCUUUACGCGUGUGCACAUGUGUUUGUGUCGCUGUUGGUAUUGCGAAUCGAAUGUCAUCGCUAGAACGCUCUUGGCAGGAUAAUCGACAUUAUGGCGAGGUUAAGUUGACCAUCACACGCAUCAUCACCUCCGACUACUGUUAAUGGUACAUUAUACGAGUACUUGCACACUUAUAAUGUAUAGUGUACACAUACAUGCAAGGAAAUAUCUGCGACAAUUAUCUGCGUAACAUAAUACACCACUUGGAGCUACGCCGCACAGUCGUCAUCUUACGAUCAUAUAUUUAAAAAGCAUACUUAAUUCAAAAUGCCUCGAAUCACAAGAAAAUGGGAGCUUUUUCCUGGCAGAAACCGUUUUUGCUGUGAUGGAAGAGUCAUGAUGGCACCUCAGACUGGUGUAUUCUACGUUACGAUUUGUUUAAUUGCUGGUACAAGUGGAUUAUUUUUUGCUUUUGACUGUCCAUUUUUGGCAGAACACAUAACACCUGCUAUACCAGUAAUAGGAUGCUUGUUAUUCAUAUUUGUCAUGUCAGCUUUAUUCCGGACAAGUUUUAGCGAUCCUGGAGUUAUUCCUCGUGCAACGCCUGAUGAGGCAGCCUACAUAGAAAAACAAAUAGAAGUGCCAAAUAAUGGUAAUUCUCCUACCUAUCGACCUCCUCCAAGAACAAAAGAAGUUUUAGUGAGAGGUCAACCUGUAAAAUUAAAGUAUUGUUUUACAUGUAAAAUAUUUAGACCUCCAAGAGCGUCGCACUGUAGUUUAUGUGACAAUUGUGUUGAGAGAUUUGACCAUCAUUGUCCAUGGGUUGGAAAUUGUGUAGGACGUCGUAAUUAUCGAUAUUUUUAUGCAUUCAUAGUGUCUUUAGCAUUUUUAUGUGUAUUUAUAUUGGCUUGUGCCGUGACACAUUUAAUAAUGUUAACAAAAGAUAACAAGCCUUUUGUAGAAGCUGUGCGAGAAUCUCCAGGUAGUGUAGUUGUCAGUGUGAUAUGUUUUUUUUCUGUCUGGAGUAUUUUGGGGCUGGCAGGAUUUCACACAUAUCUCACUACAAGUAAUCAAACUACUAAUGAAGAUAUUAAAGGUUCUUUUACCAGUAAGAGAGGACAAGAAAGUUUUAAUCCUUACAGUCAAGGAAACAUUUGCGGAAAUUGUUUUUAUGUACUUUGUGGUCCAGCACCUCCUAGUUUAAUAGAUCGAAGAGGUGUCGUGACACCCGAGUAUCGAGCCGAACAAAAAAGGGUAUCCGAAGAUUGUGUAAUAACUAAUAAUAAAGUUUAUGGGACAGUCAAAGUUGUUCAACCACAGUCUAAUGGAAACUCAGUUCCACCGGUGGAUAUCGAGGCUGGUGAACAAUCCACUACGGUCCAUGAUCCCAGUGCCUGGGGAACACAUCAACAGCAGCAGCAGCCACAGCACAACGAUUCGUCGCAGCAGUCGUCGCAGCCAUCGCAUCUCGAUUCCCUAAACGAUAUCACGUCGAACAGUGUAACUCAUCUUGUAAUGAAUGAAUUGCCAUUGGCCUCUUUACCAUUGGCACCGAUCGACAUCGAUGAAAUAGCACCAUUACCACCUCCCAGCAUAGUAAUGAAUAACAAUAAUAGUAUGAAUAACUGCAACAAUAUGCGCUCGUCAUCGCUAUUGGAGCCUGCGUCUGUUACGACGCCUCUUUCGGCAUCGAGAUUGAGAUUGCUGCAAGACACGACAAUGAUCGAAUCAGCUCUGGAUCUUGAUUCGCUCGAGGAGGCCAGCAUCGGACACGGAAGUCAAACUGGACUUAUUAAAAUGGGAGUUCCUUGAUAGCGUAAUUGCAUUAGUGUGAUUAUGAUCUUGUGCAAUUACAUAUGCAACAUUUUGUUAAGAGUGAGGAAUACUAUUCACAAUCAUGGUUGCAUGAAAAUUAUGACCUCGUUUCCUGGCGUAUUUAUAAUGAUAUUGUUGAUAAACACACGCACGCGUAACGCACGUUAUGCACAAAAAAGUUUACAUUUAUUUUUAAGAAUAAUAAUCUAAAAAACUAGCUUUGCCGAAUGUUGUUUGAUACGAUCGAAAGCAAGCGUCGAGUUUAGGACAAUUUACUAAUAGAACGUUUGAGUGAUCAUAAACAAUUAAAUAUGUUGCGAAUCAUUCCUGUAAGUUAAGCUACUGGUAUGUGUGCUCUUAUGUCGUUAAAAAUAUUUGUUAUACACAUUGAAGACGUAUAUUAUUUCCAAUAUGAAUCGUGAUUCCAAAUAAAUAAAAUUUUUGUUA